AUGACGAGACGCGGCCCAGUCAAGAACUGUCAAGUUGUCAUAAAUAUCAAGCAGGAAGCGGUGGCGUUCAUAAAGAAAUCCAGAGCAAUUAAAGCAAGCAAGCGAGUGAGCGAGCGAUUGCCUGCAACAUUUGAUGCAACUUGCCUCAGCAGGAACACCCCGUCGAAGCGGAAGCAAGAGGCAGAUUACCCACGCAAGCCUAAAUGGCACUCCAUUCAAACGCAAGAGGCACGGGUGGCACGGUGCCAAAUAGGCUCGCGGUGUGAGAUGGCCGGUGCCGCCCGUGCCGAGGGAAGUGUGUUGAGAUGUUUGCAAGAAUACGAAAACAGCGAAGACGCAAAAUAUAUCUACGUCCUUGUGAAGCUACCAGCCUCGCACUGUGGAAAUACUCCUCCAUCUGAUGAUACCAACGAAUCACAACCAAAAAUCCCCGCAAAACUCUCGCGAUGUAGUCCACUCCAGCCCAUGCAAGUGUCAGGCGGUGACAACUCCAUCGACAUUCGCGCAUCGUCUGCAAACACGCGCCAGACUGCAAUUCACGCCACAGCAGAGGNGCAGGGCGUGACGGCGGCGCAGGUCCUCCUCCGCUUCCUGGUCCAGCAGGGCCUCAUCGCCAUCCCCAAGUCCGUCACGCCCUCGCGCAUCGCCGCCAACUUCGACGUCUGGAACUUCUCCCUGACCGACACCGAGAUGGCCGCCCUCAGGAGCCUCGACAAAGGGCCUUCCGGUCGCUCCUUCCUGUUCGGAGACCGCCCUGGGAUGAAAGACCACCCCGAAUGCCCUGCUUAGGUGUUUGCAGAGAAGGGAUCUGGCUGGACUGCUGGGCGGGGAGGUUAAUGUAUGGGUGAUCAAGAAGCUUAAAUAUUAAGCACAUUAUAA